GUUAACGGAAGUUCCGGAGUGGCGCACGCAUUUCACAGAAUAGAUCAUCUGUUCAUCAAUACACAAAAUAAACAAAAAAUAUCAAGGUCUCUUUGUCUCUGGAACCAUUAUCUUGCUAUAUUUUAACAGACUACAAUCCUGGCAUGUGCCAGUGGUGGUGUGGAGCUUAUGGCCGAUCAAGCUGAUUGCCUGAGUGGAGGGGGGAGCAAACAACAUACUCGAAAAUCUGGGGCCAAACAACGGGAAGCGUCUAGUCCGGGAAUAGCAAAAAGAACAAGAAGUCAAGACAGACAGUCUGAAGAAAAAGACAUUGUUAGCAAGAAAACCAAAUUUCAAGCAGAACAGGGUGUCUCAAAUGUGAAGUCUACUGUUGGGACAACAAACAAUAAUCGCAAUACCAAUUCAACAGAGAGUCUUUCUGUGGUAUCUAAACAAAGAGGGAGAUCCUUCAGCGGAUCUAAAUCCAAAAGUCUGGUUCAGUCAGCAGUUGAAUCAAACGGUGAUAGACAACGCUCCAAAAGCGAGAGCUAUUUGAAUAACAGAAGCCGCUCACAAGUAAAUCUUAACACAAGUUUAUCCUUUCAGGAUAAAUCUACAACUGGUAUUGGAUACAGUAACAGUGUAAAUUCAGUUUCUUCAACAGACACAAUUUCAGCUUUAGGUAAAUCCACUAAACCCGCCAAAGUGCGGCGACAAAGUGGAUCAAAAAGAACUUCAUCUACAUCUGAUACAAAUACUUUAAGAGACGCAAUUGCAUCUGUAUCAUUGACAAGUUCAGUUUCAAAGUCUUCAGUAAAAUCAAGGAAAAGCAGUGGAUCAAGUGUCACUUCAUUGGCAAGCAGUGCGAGUUUAAUAGGUGGUAGCUGUGAUAAGUGUCAUCAGUCCAAAAAGAAGAAAAGGACUUCUGAAGCAAAAUCACGCUCGACAAGUCUGUGGACAGUUACAAAACUGUUGGGUAGUGGUAGUAAAGCCGGUUUGGACAAAGCUUCGAAACCGUCAACAUCUACCAGUGUUUCGUCUGUGUGUUCAUCAGAUUCAUCAGAAAAGUCCAUUAAACAGUGUUUAAGGGCAAGCACUCAGGCCCAGUCAAAAGCAGAGGCAGGAUUUUACAGGGCUUCAAGAAAACGAACAAACUCGUCAUUAAAUUCAUCUGCCUCAUUUACUGUUACUGCUCCCGAACCAGCCAUCAAGCUCAGCAAAUUUGACCCUGUAGUGAAUGUAGAAAUUAAGACAGAGGCUUUCGGAAGUAACAUUGAAGCAAAUAAUUCACUUCACAUUCAUAGCUUGCCUUCAAGCUUUUUAAUCGGGCAAGGGCCAAGUGUGGUAGCUAAUCAUCUAGCUUUCAAAGAUCAUACAAAAUCAAACAAAUCAGACAAAAACUGUCACAAGAAAGGAAAAAAGUUAGACUCUACCAAAGUUUUACUACCAGAUAAAGGAGCUGAACAGCUCAAACAGGAUACAGCCCAUAAUCUUGGUCGGAAAACUCGGGAAAGAAAGACGGGAUCCUGUGCAAGCAGCAGUGGUAGGCAAUCCUCAGCAGCUUCCAAGCGCCAGAGCUCGGCGGGCAGCGGGCGUUCAAGUGGGCCAAGCUCCACCACCCAGCAGGGCCCAGCGGCGGCGGGUAUCGGGGUAGCUGCAGCGUGCGGGGUACCAUCAGCCAGCGGCAGCGGAGGAGGACUAGCCAGGCCACUAGCGGCACUCAUGUCGGACAGCGACGGCUCCCAGCCCCCAGGCAGCGGGGGAAGUGGGAGUUCAUCGAAGCAAGAGGAGACCUUGCAGUCAACCGGCCUUUCCAAUCCAGCAGGGGGUGCUACUGCCAUGAUGUCAGAGAGUGAGUCAGAGGAGGCAGAUAUGGGACGACUGCAAGCCCUGUUGGAGGCUAGAGGUUUGCCGUCUCAGCUAUUUGGAGCCUUGGGUCCCAGAAUGCACCAGUUGCUGCACAGAACUAUGGGCAGUAAUAGCUCUAUGAACAAAGCCCAGCAGCUGCUUCAAGGUAUCCAGUCGACAGGCAAUGAGGACCAGCAGCUCUCAUCAGUCAUCGAGAUGUGCCAGAUGCUGGUGAUGGGUAACGAGGACACGCUGGGGGGUUUCCCGGUGAAGCAGGUGGUUCCCGCGCUGAUCAGCCUGCUCCAGAUGGAGCACAACUUUGACAUGAUGAAUCACGCAUGCCGCGCCCUUACCUACAUGAUGGAAGCACUGCCCAGGUCAUCUGCAGUCGUCGUGGAGGCGGUUCCUGUGUUCCUUGAAAAGUUGCAAGUUAUCCAGUGUAUGGAUGUGGCAGAGCAGGCCCUGACGGCGCUGGAGUCCCUGUCCAAGAAGCACAGCAAGGCCAUACUGCAGGCGGGGGGCAUAGCUGCAUGCCUGAUGUACCUGGACUUCUUCAGCAUCAACGCCCAGCGCUGUGCCCUGGCCAUCACUGCCAAUUGUGUCCUCAACAUGACCCCAGAGGAGUUCCACUACAUACGAGACUCUGUGCCCAUGCUCAGCUCUAGGCUCUCUCAUCAGGACAAGAGAUCUGUGGAGAGCGUGUGCCUGUGUUUUGCCCGACUGGUGGACAACUAUCAGAACGACCGGCGCAUCCUCAAGGAGAUAGCCGUCCAGGGACUCCUCACCUACAUACAGCAGCUGCUUGUGGUGAGCCCCCCUGUGAUAUCUACGGGAACGUUUGUGAUGGUAAUUCGCAUGCUGGCCAUCAUGUGUGGAAACUGCCCUGACCUGGCAGUGGUGCUGCUGAGGCAGAAGGUAGCGGACACUCUGUGCUAUCUGCUGGUAGGCACGUCUGAGGAGGCCACAAAGACGAUAGAGCUUGUGUCCAGGACACCCCAGGAGCUGUAUGAGAUAGUCUGUCUCAUUGGGGAGCUGUUGCCCAUGCUCCCGUCAGAUGGGAUCUUUUCCGUAGACGCCCUAAUGAGGAAGGGCUCUCUGUUCAGUGUGGAUGCCGUGGCCUGGCAGUGGAAGGACGACAGGAACAUGUGGCACAACUACUCCCCCAUCGAUAGCAAGAUCAUUGAGGCGGCCCAUCAGUCAGGUGAGGACGAAGUGAGCCUAUCCACAUUCGGUCGAGCCUACACCAUAGACUUCUACUCAAUGCAACAGAUCAACGAAGACACAGGCACGGCCAGAGCAGUACAGAGGAAGGCUAACCCCACAGCUGGCAACACACAGGGAUCAGGCUCUGGUUCGGAGACUGACCUAGAACGCUGUGAUUCGCGCGCUGAAGUCCUGCGUGAGGACGCGGACCUCGCCUCUGCCUUCAUCAAGACGCUCUUCGCCGUACUCUAUGAGGUCUACAGCUCAUCUGCUGGACCGACAGUUCGACACAAGUGUUUACAGACGCUUCUGAGGAUGAUUUUCUUCAGCAACAAUGAUCUCUUGAAAGAUGUACUCAAAUCGCAACCUGUCUCUAGUCACAUAGCAGCCAUGAUGGCCUCGGUGGAUUUGAAAGUGGUGGUGGGGGGCAUACAGAUGGCGGAAGUGCUUAUGCAGAAGUUGCCAGAUAUUUUCAAUGUCUACUUCCGAAGAGAAGGUGUAAUGCAUCAAAUGAAGCACCUGACACAGAUAGACCCUACGGCAGUGACCCCAGUCAAGUCCCCUCAGCCAAGCCCUGUCAGCCCUUCGCUGUUUGGCGGGGCCACCCUGGUAGCCAUAGGAACCGGCUCUGCUCACGCAGGGUCCCUGCUGAGCGUGACCUCAAGCGAGACCAGCUGCAGUGCUGGUUCUGGUGAGGUUGGAGGUCAGGACACGGACUCGAGUCACAGCGUCAGUGUAACUGACGGCAGCGCGUCUAACGUGUCUGGGAACUUGAACCAUGCUGAUGAGAAGGACCAUGGCCUGGCACAAAUGAGACUGAGUGAUGUUCUGAAGCGUAAAAAGCCACCCAAGCGUCCAGUGAGGAAGGGCAACAAGAAGGAGGACAGUCCCGAGCUCAGUCUCAAGUCCUCCAGCAGUCGAGCCCGCAGUAGACUCAACCCCAAGGAGAAGUCUAGCAGCGGGUCGUCAUCCAAGAUGUCCUUCUUGCCGAGUCUAAACCCUCGCACCUGGGGAAAACUGGGCGGGUCCGCGUCAGCAUCGUCUUCGUCUACUGAUAGGCCGCUGUUGUCAAAGAGACCCAGCACUGACUCUGCCCUGGAUUCACACUCGAGAUCUUACCCUGGUGUCAAGCAGUUACCUCCCCCCAUAUCCAAUAACAAGGACAAAAUCAAGGCUUGGAUCAAAGAACAAGCUGUGCGGUUCCUGGAGCAGUAUUUCUCUGAGGAGACCCAGUCUGGCAGCCACCCCGCCCUGUCCACACUGAACAAGCUAUGCACUGCCACGGAGAAUCUCAGUCUGCAGGAGGACUGUGGUCUGGAGCCACUGAAAGAAAUCUCGUUAAUCAUGAUGGACAGUGAUGUGUCGCCAUUCGAGGUAAUCCACAGCGGGCUGGUGAACAAGUUCCUGCAGUAUCUCACCACCAUGGAGGGGGCCGUCCCACGAGAUGUCAGAAUACGACGCUUCUUGCACGUCUUCCUCAACUGUCCGUCCCCGGACAUCAUGUACAUGAAGGACAUCAAGAUGCCGGACGGGCCGGACACAUGCAGCAUGCUGCCUCUCGUACAGAAGCUCAUGGCCUGCAUGCACCAGCUGGAGCAGUUCCAGGUCAAAGUUCACGACCUUCCCGGGGGGUCAGGGUCAACCGGCAGGGGGUCGAACGCCCUCAAGUUCUUCAACACUCAUCAGCUGAAGUGUCUACUGCAGAAGCACCCGUCAUGUACGACCCUUAAACAGUGGAAGGGUGGUCCAGUGAAGAUUGACCCCCUGGCGCUGGUACAGGCCAUAGAGCGCUACCUCAUCAUGAGAGGGUAUGGCAGACUCAAGGAGACAGAUGAUGAUGGGAGUGAUGAUGACAAUUCGGAUGAGGAAGUGGACGACACAAUGGCUGCAGUGUUCAUCAGCCAGGGCCAGGCCCGACACAGGCUGGAGUUCCUUAUCGGGGACCACGUGCUGCCCUACAACAUGACGGUGUACCAGGCCAUACGUCAGUACAGCAACUGCACAGACCGCGAGGGCGAAGAGACAGACACAGACUCUGAGAACCCUGUCGGGCACGCCAGUGUCUGGGUGCAGACACACACCAUAUGGUACAGACCGGCCCCUGAGAAUGAGGACCCUGCACACGCCAGCCCAAAGAAGACCAAGUCUGAGGUGAAGGCUGCCAAGUCAAGUAGUAAGAAGAAGUCUGAAGAUCUCUGGACCGAUGGGAACUGCCCAGGUUUUGUGCCAGCCCUCAAUGCCUACCUGACAGACAAGCUGCCUGCCUUUGUGACAGUACAGGACCCCUCUGUGGAUGUGAUAGCCCUGCUGCGUAUCCUGCAUGCCUUCAACAGAUACUGGGCCACUGUGUAUGAGGUACCCUCGUAUUAUGCAAAACCAGUGUUGGGGAAGUCAGAUUUCGUGAGCUCCAAGUUGACAGCAAAGGCAAACCGCCAGUUGCAGGACCCCCUUGUGAUCAUGACAGGCAACCUGCCCUCAUGGCUGGCAGAGAUUGCGGCUGCCGCCCCAUUCCUGUUCCCGUUCGACACCCGUCAGCUUCUGUUCUAUGCGACAACGUUUGACCGUGACCGCGCGUUGAUGAGGCUGCAGGACAACUCACUGGACACGUCAAACAACGACUCCAGCGAGAGAGUUGCUCCCAGGCUAGAUAAGAGGAAGCGAGUUGUAAAUCGCACAGAUUUGCUCAAGCAGGCUGAGAAGUUGAUGGAAGACCUUGCCACCUCGAGGGCUAUGCUGGAGAUACAGUAUGAAAAUGAGGUUGGCACAGGCCUUGGUCCUACACUGGAGUUUUAUGCCCUUGUUUCCAAAGAGUUACAGAAGUCUGACCUUGACCUCUGGAGGGGCGAUGUCGUACAGGAGAAAGAUGCUUCAGGCAAUGAGACGGGUAACCAGUACGUGUUCUCCCCCUGCGGGCUGUUCCCCAAGCCCCUGGCUCGCAACACGAAGGCCGCAGUGGUCAACAAGAUGAAGGCCAAGACCAAGUUCCUCGGCAAGCUGAUGGCCAAGUCCCUCAUGGACUCCAGAAUGCUGGACAUCCCGUUGAGCGAGGUGUUCUACAAGUGGCUGCUGGGCCAGGAGCACAGCCUGACCUCCAGCGACCUCCAGUACCUUGACCCCGUACUCUCAAGGUCAUUCAACCAGCUGGAGGAAGUGCUCCGACAGAAGAAGAGGAUACUGGCCGACAAGUCUCAUACUGAGGAGAGUCGUCGGCUGGCCCUAGAGAACCUGUCCAUAGACGGCUGCAGCCUGGAGAACCUGGACCUGGACUUCACGCUGCCCGGCCACCCCAACAUCGAGCUCAAGAAGGGCGGCAAGGACAAGCAAGUCAUACUCGACAACCUCGAGGAAUAUCUCCAGUUGCUGACCCACUGGAGCCUGGUGGAGGGCGUGUCAAGGCAGUUUGAGUCGCUCAGGGAGGGCUUCGAGUCUGUGUUCUCUCUGUCCUCUCUGCAGAGCUUCUACCCUGAGGAGCUGGAGCUGCUGUUCUGUGGUAACCAGGAGGAUGUCUGGGACACCAAGGUGCUCAUGGAGUGCUGUCGGCCCGACCAUGGGUACACCCACGACAGCCGCGCAGUCAAGUUCCUCUACGAGAUCCUCUCAUCCUACUCGCCCGAUGAACAGAGGCUCUUCCUUCAGUUUGUGACGGGGUCCCCGAAACUCCCCGUUGGAGGUUUCCGAACUCUCAAUCCCCCGCUGACUAUCGUACGAAAGAGCUUCGAAGGGGCGGACAAUCCUGACAGCUUCCUGCCGUCUGUGAUGACGUGUGUGAAUUAUCUCAAACUGCCCGACUACUCUUCAGUGGAGGUGAUGCGAGAGAGGCUUGCAAUAGCAGCAAGGGAAGGACAACUCUCAUUCCACUUGUCAUGAUUGUGUUGCCUGCUGGCUGUUGCCUCCCUUUGCAUGGGAGAAGAAACAUGGUGGAUAGUUUUUUUGGGGGGAUGACAGAAUUCGUUCUGUUCCCUAGAGUGGAUUGUGGAUUAUAUUAUGUGGUGCGGAGAAGAAUUAAUAUAACUGUGCAUACAAAAAUUAACGAAACUAAAUAUGAAUAUAUGUGUUUAAUAAUAAAGUUAAGUUAUGGUUUAAUUCUUGUUUUUUCCCUGUGGUAAAGAUCGAUACAUUCAUUUUUGUUCAAUGUUUCUCAUCUUUGUGCUUUAAAAUAAAAAUAACUGUAAUAGUAUUUGUUGUAUUUAUCUGUGGGAUUUUCAAGAACAAAACUAGACAGAGUGUUUAUGUGGAAAUAUGUCUACCAAAAACUUAUGUAAAGAAUAUGUGGAAAUUAAAUACUGCAUUGUGAGGGAAGUAACCUUGAAGUUUUUAUAAUAAUAUAUAUGUUAUAGCUAGUAUAUUCCAUUAAUUAUAAUUAAUAAAUUUGGCUGUUUGGAUCAUGAUUUUAACCUUGCUUUGUUAGUAGUAACUGAAGGAAAGUAUUACAUGUGCUUUUAUACUGGGUGUAAGCUAUUGUUAAAUCAGUUUAUUAGUUAUUAUUAUUUCUUAGAAAUUAAAAUGUUUUAUGAUUUCCAUAGAAGUUUAAUGUUUAAAAUUAUUGAAGCACAUGUCAGAAAUCAAUGACAUGUCUAAUGAUAGCUGUUGUAAUUGUUUUUCAUUUCUAUUAAUUGUUUUGUUUCAUUUGACUGAAGUUUAAUUUCAUUGAUGUUUAUUUAAAAUGUCUAUACUUUGUAAGUAGAUACAUCAUACGUUUUGUUUCCAGUUCGUGUAUGAAGUAACAUGCAUGUGAGUUAAAUUAUGGUGUUGAUACUAACGUGUUUGUUGUUGGUUGUUUGUUUGUGUUUUCUUUGGUAAGGUACUUUAUAUUGAUGUGUUAUUAAAAAGUAAUUCAUGUGUUUUUAUUUUUGUCUUUGAAAUAUGUUUUAUCUGAAAUAGUGAAUUGGUAAAAUACUACUUGAAAUCUCUUUGUUUUGGUUGGAUCUCUUUAUUUUAUUUGGGUUAAUAUUUAUUUACUAUUAUGAUAACUUUUUCUUUGUAAUGACAUUCAAUCACUCAGUUUAUUUGAAUUCAGCGCUGUUUAUGUAAUAUUUUUCUGUAUAUCUGACUGGGAAUUAAAACUGGCAAUUACAAGCGGUAAAAGAUAUUUCUAUACAACAGAUUUAGUAAAAUGGUUUGCAUUAAUGACACAUUGUUGUUUGUGCAUAUAUCUUGUCAUUUGUGCAUAUACAGGGUUUUUUUACCUUGUAUAACAGACGCCGAAUAUCAGCGUCUUCCCCCACCAAACUAGGCUGUUUUUUUCCCCUUUAAGAACCAAAAAUUCCCCCCUUAAUUUUUUUUUUUUUUUUUUUUUUUUAAAUAGAAAGACAUGUCUUAUGAUUAUAAUAUCUCAAUUUUAUUUCAAUUUAAUCUUGCCAAACGAAAUAAAUUAUGAAAAAACAAUGAAUAUAGUGCAAAAAUGUACAAAUGUAUUGUAAUAAUGAGAGAGUAAGUAAACAAAUCCCCCAAAAAGGGGUACGCCGCGAAAACUCCCACGCGCACAAUUUUUCCCCAAACUGGAAAAUCCCGCGUAAAAUUUCCCCCACAUAAGGGCUAAAGGCCCCUUCCCCCACAACCCAAAAAAACCCCUGAUAUAUAUAAUAUUUCGGUAAAGAGAAUUUCAAACAGACAUAUUUGACAAUACUGAAAUAUUUCAAAUUCAAUUAAUGUUUCUCAAUAAAAAGGCUAUAUAAAAUUUUAAUAUUUUAAGGACCACAAUUUAGAUUGCAAAACACAUGUGUCCCUCUCGGUUAUUUACUGCAUACUUUAUCCUAUUUAUGGUGCCAACAUUCAUAAUAUGCCUUGAUCAGAGCUUUUAAAAAUACAUUGAAAUUUCCUAUAUCAUAUCUUUUACUGUAAAAUCAUAGUUUGUAACUGUUAAAAUGUACCGUUUGAAAUGGUAUAAAUGAUAUAUUUUAUGCUUUCCUAUGGUUUAUUCGACACUAUCAGUGAUCACAAAUUUGUAAUUUACAGUUGCAAAAUCAAGAUUGCAUAUUGUCUUCAAUUUUCAGUUUCACAUUUUCUUUUCCAGCUGCCCAAUUAAUACAGUAAAUGAAAUUAUUGUGGAAUGUGCGAUACUCAUAAUUUGUGAAAUUACGUCUUUAUGCUGACUUAAUUUUAUCAUUCACAAUACAUUCUCACGUAAAAUGAAGAAGUUAUUGAUUUUUGAAAUUAUCAAUUUUUUAAAUCCUUUUGUGAUAACAAACAUUAAAUGAUUUCACAAACAUUUAAUGAUUUCACUUAUGACUGCCUGUCUUCUUGAAAACAUUAUUUAAUUAGUUUGUGUCAUCAUCUUGUAACAGUAAGAUCUUUUGACCAGGUCUAUAAACGAUAUAAAGAUACAAUUCUUAAUGCUAAAUCUGCAAAUUAAAGCAGUUAACCUUUGUGUAUUGAAAUUCCUUUUAGUCAAGUGUCAUGUAAGAAGUGUUUAAAAAGCAAGAGAAAAAUAUUCAUUUUUUGUACUAAGUAUGUUACUUCUAUGCUAAUCACAAAAGCAACAAUUCUUAUUGUGAGCAAUGACUGUAAUUAAAAGUAUGUGACACUUGAAUGCGCGCACUUUGAUAUUCAAGAAGAAUUGUAUAAAGACCUUAUAUAUAAACCCUUUGCAUGCUGGGAAAUUUGUAGUCAGCUAAAAUGUUGUCUGCUGAAUUUCUAAAAUAAGCAUUUUCUUCGAUUUAUUUCAAAGAAUACUAUCAGACUAGCAAACAGUUUGGAUCCUGAUGAGACGCACAUUCUGUGGCGUCUCAUCUGGAUCCAAACUGUUUGCAAAGGCCUUCAGAAUUCGGUUCCAGCACUGAAAGGGUUAAAGAACAGAGGUAAAUCUGUUCAGACAGUAAUAUUUAAAGGCCCCAUAAUUCUGUAAGGUUACUUUUUUAGUAAUGUUUAUUUGUAAAUGUCUAUUAAUAUUUAACAACUUCAAAUACUACCUAAAAUAUAAAUGCUUAUAAGUAAAAUAAUAUGCCUAAACAAUAUUUAUAAUGAAUAACAGAUAUUCUUCUCAAUUAUCCAAGAUGAUUUGAAUAUUAUUUAACAAGUGUACAUGUUGAACUUUGUUUCUUGUAAUUAUUUGGAAUAUUAAUAAAUUUUAACUUACAUUUAUAAAAUCCUUAAUGUCAAUCAAAAUUUCUUGUAAUUAUUUGGACUUCUCAAAAUUGACAUCAUCUGCCGACAAUUAUUUGGGAUAUUACUAAAUUUAAACUAACAUUUAAUAAAAAUGUUUAUGCCUAUCAUUAUUUCUUGUUAUUAUUUGGACUUUUCAAAAUUCAUAUCAUAUACCGUCACCAAGUGCAAAAGUUGCAAUACACUUUUUUCCACACCAUCAAAAACACCCAACCCACAGUUAGUUACAUUUCUUAAUUAAACGUUGCCCUCAAGAUUGAGAGUGGUGGUAUGUUUGUUGAUUUAAAAGUUAUAUGUGUGCACUUUGUUUAUUGUAGUGGACUUUAGAUGUAUGAUGAUUUAAAAUUUGUUCAUGAAACUGUUCAACACAGCAGAGAUAUCAAUAAAAAUAUAUUGUAA